UUCCGGCAGGGGAGUCCAGGGCGGAAGCGACUCGAUGAAUCGUGGGUAAACUCAAGGCCUGCGUUUGAACUCGGGGUUCUUCGUUAGACUCCUCUCUACAUCGUCACAACACCCAGUCUACAUCGUCACAACACCCAGUCUACAUCGUCACAACACUCAGUCUACAUCGUCACAACACCCAGUCUACAUCGUGACAACACCCAGUCUACAUCGUCACAACACUCAGUCUACAUCGUCACAACACCCAGUCUACAUCGUCACAACACCCAGUCUACAUCGUCACAACACCCAGUCUACAUCGUCACAACACCCAGUCUAUAUCGUCACAACACCCAGUCUACAUCGUCACAACACCCAGGCUACAUCGUCACAACACCCAGUCUACAUCGUCACAACACCCAGUCUACAUCGUCACAACACUCAGUCUACAUCGUCACAACACCCAGUCUACAUCGUCACAACACCCAGCCUACAUCGUCACCACGCUCAGUCUACAUCGUCACAACGCUCAGUUUACAUCGUCACAACGCUCAGUUUACAUCGUCACAACGCCCAGUCUACAUCGUCACAACGCCCAGUCUACAUCGUCACAACACCCAGUCUACAUCGUCACAACACCCAGUCUACAUCGUCACAACACUCAGUCUACAUCGUCACAACACCCAGUCUACAUCGUCACAACACCCAGUCUACAUCGUCACAACACCCAGUCUACAUCGUCACAACACUCAGUCUACAUCGUCACAACACCCAGUCUACAUCGUCACAACACUCAGUCUACAUUGUCACAACACCCAGUCUACAUCGUCACAACACCCAGUCUACAUCGUCACAACACUCAGUCUACAUCGUCACAACACCCAGUCUACAUCGUCACAACACCCAGUCUACAUCGUCACAACACCCAGUCUACAUCGUCACAACACUCAGUCUACAUCGUCACAACACCCAGUCUACAUCGUCACAACACUCAGUCUACAUUGUCACAACACCCAAUCUACAUCGUCACAACACCCAGUCUACAUCGUCACAACACCCAGUCUACAUCGUGACAACUCCCAGUCUACAUCGUCACAACACCCAGUCUACAUCGUCACAACGCUCAGUUUACAUCGUCACAACGCUGUCUACAUUGUCACAACAUCACUGUUUAAUCAGACAAUCAUCAGCAACUUUCGAUUGUCACUACAUCAAUCACUUUAAUCAGCAUUCAAUGUCAUUCACUACUUCACCGAUAUUGACAUCUACAACAUCAACAUUACAGCUUCUUUAGAUUAUCAUUACCUAAUUAAUAGCAUUGCUACAUCACCCACAUUGACAGCAUCAUCAAUACUAUUUACAUAAUACAUACCACUGUGCCUGCAUCUCUAACAUCAUCACCAUUAUAAAUGCAAUAAUCGGCACCAUCACUUCAGCAAUACAAUUACCUUAACAUCGCCAAUCUGUCACUUCAACAUCGACGUGAAACAAGAAGAAGAUCAUUAAUAACGUAACUUACUCCAACAGCAAUUAGCUCAAGCUAUUCUUGAGUUACUCCUGAGCUGUCUGCAGAUCACAUGGCUGAUUCAGGAGAGCUAGGCGGAGAUGCGAGGUCUGACGGGACCAGCUGCUCCUCUGGGAUCAGCAGCCAGGAGAAGGAUCUGGCCAAGAAGGCGCUCGACGCCUUCGAGGUUGGGCAGUACGACAGCUGCCUGGCCCAGCUCUCCUCGCUCGGCGAACUGCGGCGCGAUGAUCACAAAGUGCAGCUUAACCGCUCCGUGGCCGAGUUCUACCGCAGUGGCCAGACAGCCACCGACGACCUCCGCCACAGCCUUGCGCAGGUUCGCAUGCAGGUUCACUCGACAGCGGAAGAGAUGGAUGGGCUGGAGGACGUAGAGAAUGGCACGCUGCUCUAUAACCAGGCCGUGCUGCUCUGCCAUUUCAAGCAGUACCACCAGGCCAUUGCUGUCGUGGAGCGCCUCUAUCAGUUCAUUGAGCCAUUCGAGGAGCGAUUUGCGCGCGCAGUGAGCUUCCUGCUCAUGGACCUUUACCUCGUGACACACCAGGCAGAGAAGGCCCUGCCUCUGCUCGCCGUACUUGAGAAGCUCAGCUCGCAGGGCAGUGGCGCCAAUGCCAACGGAAAGGCCGGGGAGGUCGCCAAGGAUGCUGGGAGCCAGAAACCCGACACCUCGUCCAAUGAACAAACUCGGUCAAAAAUACAUCAGUACAAAGUGAGGGCCUAUCUCCAAAUGAGGUCCCUGAAAGCCUGCAAGAGGGAGAUAAAGUCUGUGAUGAACACGUCUGGCAACUCGAUCCCUUCGCUCUUCCUGAAGAGCAACUUUGAGUACCUGAGGGGGAACUACCGCAAAGCUGUGAAACUUCUGAAUAGCGCCAACAUCACAGAGCACCCGGGUUUCAUCAAGACGGGAGAAUGCGUUCGCUGCAUGUUUUGGAAUAACCUGGGCUGCAUCCACCACGCCAUGGGCAAGCACCACAUGGCCAUGUUCUACUUCAAGCGAGCGCUGCAGGAGAAUGACAACACCUGCGCCCAGCUACUCAAGCAAGUGGGCCCCUCAGGCAAGCGCCUCUCUGGGCCGCCCCUCUGCACCCUGAUGGCCGACCGACGCUACGAGCUGCUCUACAACUGCGGCAUCCUCCUGCUGCAGACAGGGCGGCCACUGGCGGCCUUCGACUGCCUGGUGGAGGCGGUGACGGCACACCACAGUAACCCACGCCUCUGGUUGCGUCUCGCCGAGUGCUGCAUUGCUGUUGGCAAGCGGAAUUCAGAGCACGAAGCCAAGAGUCUGCAGAACAAAAAAGGCAUCGUGCAUUCCAUGAUGGGGCAGGGCUGCCAUCGAAAGAUCAUCCUCGUGUCUCAUUCCACACAGAACUCUGUGUGCAGCCCCGAUGGGCAGUCGGCGGCGAUCCCCGUGGCCAGCGUGGAGUUUGCUGGAAUCUGUCUCCGGAAUGCGCUGCUGCUGCUGCUGCCCGACGAGCAGCGCGAGGGGAGGGGCACGCUGGCGGGGGAUAUCGGGGGGGUGGGAGCCCCUGAAGGAGGAGGCAGCGACAGCAGUGAAGGGGCAAGCAAGAGCCACGAGGUGGAGCUCUCGCGCUCUGCACCCCCGUCGUCUCCGCUCAAGAGGCAAGAAAUCGAGAAUUUAAGGUGCUCGGUGCUGGCUUGCAGCGCGUACGUGGCCCUGGCGCUGGGAGACAAUCUCAUCGCCCUCAAGCACGCGCAGAAGUUGCUGCAGCAGCCCAAGCUCUCGGGCUCACUCAAGUUCCUUGGCCACCUGUAUGCAGCCGAAGCCCUCAUUUCGCUGGACCGCAUCUCAGACGCCAUCGCACACCUCAACCCUGAGAACGUGACGGACGUGUCUCUGGGCAUCCCCACCACGGAACUCGAGCAAGGUGGCGACAAGGGAGAGAAUGAACCCAUGGAAAACAAUGGAAAGCUGGCCCCCUUGUGCUACCCCAGCUCUGUGAGUGCCGCCCGCGCCACCAUGCUCUUCAACCUGGGCAGUGCGUACUGCCUGCGCAGCGAGUAUGACAAGGCGCGCCGCUGCCUGCAGCAGGCGACGUUGCUCAUUCCGCCCAGGGAGGUGCCACCUGAAGCCAUCCUCCUCGCCGUCUACCUGGAGCUGCAGAAUGGUAACCCACAGAUGGCCCUACAGAUCAUCAAGAGGAACCAGCUGGUGCCCCCUGCAAAGGUGGAGGCCCGCAAAAAACCACAGCCGGUUCAAGGGCCUCUGGGGGCACCAGGAACUCCAGCAUCCACAUUUCCUCCAACCCAGCGCAAAUGAGACUGCCACCACGCUGCACACCAUCACUGUGGCACCCUGCAGAGCGUGGAUGUGUGCCGCGUGAAGCGCAAAGGAGGCACGGGGGGGGGCUGGAGUUUUGCGGACGAGAGCCAAGUUAGCGUGGCGCUGGGAGUCCAGCGAUGCUGCGUGGGAAUUUGUGGGUUGGGAGGCGAUGCCUCCGAUGCACCGGGCUUUGUGGCGCGCGCGCUCUGCUCGUGGCACGGUCGCCAGAGGCCAACAGCAGUGGUUAAUCUCUCUGCAUGGGAUUGAAGGGCAACGUUCACAUGAAACUUUUAUUUAUUUAUUAAAUGAGGUCUCAUGCACUCACUGCCUUCUCAAGCCACUUGGUGUCAGAAAAACCCGGGCAGUUAGGGUCAUCAUUUCAGCCGACUGGACGACUCAAAUUACCUCCUGUCAAUGGAAGUAAUGAACUUCAGCGCAUUCAGCACGAUGGCCACAUGACGAGUGAUCCUCAAAAAACCCAGGUGGAGCAGAAUGGUUGCCGAGUGCGUGUCAAUAAAAUCGCUCUUUGCGGCACCGACAACAGA